UAAACCCUUUCUCGAAUAAUUAUACGGUCUAUUCCUAACGGAAAUCUGGGAAGCUCUAGCUAGAGAUGACUAACAGCGUUUAACCUGGUCCUUGCAUUGAGCUUACAGGUCCGAAUGACAACGGGGCAGAAGGAAUAGGAGUGAUUACCAGAUGCACAGCGAUGCAGAAAUCCAAGCGGUAAACAAGUGACACUUCACUCAAGAGUUUUGAAAGUAGCCCUAAAAGGAAAAUGCUGCGAAGGCAAUACUCAUCGAUAGCAGAGGAGCCUGAGAAUGAAGAUGAUGCCGGCACGAGAUCAUUAACAUUUGAAUUAGAAACUGUGAGAGAACAGCCGACUCCGCAAGAGUUGCCCCCCGAUCACGAGACUGAACCCGAAGACAGUACGAACGCGCAGAGAGAACCAUCGGAAACCAAAGCCAACGAUAGAGCAACCAAAGACCAGUCCUUGGCCGACGUGAUACCAAACAGUCCGCUUUCUCCGACGAUAAUGUCGAAAAUAACGAUAGUAGAAGAUUCGGAAAACGAGGUUUCUACUACCGAAGAUGACGAGGUAUUUGUUGAAACAACAUAUAACACAACCAAUGCAGAAAAUCAAGACAAACAAACAGCAGCUACUGUACCCGAGGAUGCAAAACAUGAGAAACAUCUUGAGUCCAGGCACAAGGAAAGGGAGAAAAAGAAACAAAUUCAUAAUUCCGGUGAAAAUCUCGCCAAAACACAGAUUGAAGUGCCCAAAGAAGUCAAAGAAAGUAUUCGGAAUGCCAGGAAAACUUUGGUUGGAAGUUGGCAAAGGGACAUUUCCCGGACACCUAGUCCGGUAGAGUCGGUCAAAGAGGACAUGGAACUAACGGAAAGCCAGGUCCGGGAAAUCAAGGAAGCCUUCCUUGUGUUUGACGAUAACGGCGACGGUUGUAUAACCGCUACGGAGCUGAAGAAGCUAGUGACGUCACUGGGGUAUAACAUCACGGAGGCGGAGCUCAUGGACAUGAUGAACCAAAUUGAUUCGGAUGGGAAUGGAGCCAUAGACUUCCCCGAGUUUCUUCAGCUGAUGACCAAAAACCUCCAAGAUGCGGAUCCGGACGACACAAUGCAAGAGACUUUCCGUGUCUUUGACAGAGACAACAAUAACAGCAUAGGCGUGGAAGAGGUGCAGAGGGUGCUUAAGUUACUCGGGCAGGACUUUAAGGACUACGAGGUCGAGGCUAUGCUACAAGGCGCAGAUUACGAUGGGGAUGGCACCGUGGGGUUUGACGACUUCUCUCGGUUGAUGAGCUCUUGAUGAAAGCAAUGAGUUACAGGGGGGGGGGGGGGAUACAAGCCAAGGCCACAUCACAGGGGACAGAUUCAGUUAUGGUUGUUUUCAGCGAAAAUGGGAAAGCCACAACGUAGGAGGUAUUCCAAAUGGCCGCUUAGCUCUUAAACAUAAAAUAAAAAAAAUAAAAAAUAAAAUAAAGACAUUGAA